AUGUCCUCCUACUGUCAUCGAUGCAGGAGCUGGGUCCUUCACAAUAAAGCCUUAGUCCAGCGUCAACGCAGCUCUGCUAAUCAUCACUGUUGCCAUAUUUGCGACAUUGGCCUCCCCUCGUCCGCUGCACUAAGGGAACACAUCAAAAUCAAACAUUUCUACUGCCGUAUUUGCGACCUUCUGUUUGACGACUCGGACGACUUUCUCGAACACGGAGAAAGCGAUCAUUACACAUGCUGGCCUUGUGCCCGUAUAUUCACAUCCUUCGAGAUCUACAUCAAGCAUAACACGUCCAAGCACUACUUUUGCCACGAGUGCAAUCUUCCAUUUCUAUCCGAAGGCACUCUCACGAACCACCGUUCGACGACUCAUGGAUCAAGAUGGCUGCGUUGCCCAGGACGCCGGUGUAAAAAGAGGUUCUUGACUCCCUCCGGAUUAAUUCAGCAUGCAGAAAGCGGUGGAUGUCGGUCUGGCGUCACGCGUAAAGCUGUAAACGAAUACGUUGCAAAUCAGGACCGACAGAACGUCAUCACGAACCCUUUGCGUAUGAUUACCGGUUUUGACGGGAUUAACUACCCUCCCUCCGAACCUGAAUACCUGGCGACCGAAUUAUCGCGGAAUGGAAAAUGUUACGAGUGCUUCUUAUGCCGUAGCCAGUUUAAGACACUGGAAGGACUGAACCAGCAUCUAAAGAGCCCCUGUCAUCUCCAGAAGUUAUAUCAUUGUCCAAUGACGAGCUGUGCCAUGGAGUUUACUGUACUCAGUGCUCUUUGCCAGCAUGUGGAAAUGGGCUCGUGCGGCAUCCGAGAAACACGAAUAGUCCAGAAUGCGAUGGAAUACCUCGAACGUGGCAUGAAGGCCUUGUCUUUUUGA